AAUAGAUUUUCAUUAGGUAUGUAAAGUAGAAUAUUUUCAUUUUUUUUUAAGAAGUAACGCAAUAAUUAGUCAUGAUAAACGUUUUAACGAAAUACAAGAGCAAGUUAGCAAUAAGUAAUUUGAAAUUUAAACACUCUGUACACACACAGUUACUUUUAGAAGGGUGGGGUGAAGGCUGUUUGAAGGUAAAUAUGGCGACUGUUAUUAAGUCAUUAAUGUCAACAAUAAAAUUAAAAUGACGUAAAUAAAAAAUGUUUUUCGCAAUCCCAUUCGACAAAAUAUUUGUAAAUUUUCGUAAAUGUAAUCCAUUCAUUUGCACUAGACAAUUUCAAAGAAGCAAUAUUUCUUUUAUAAGAACUCAUUAUGAUAUCUUAAAUAUCAAAAAGGGGUGUACACAUGAGGAAAUUAAAAAUGCAUUUAUCACUCUAAGUAAAAAAUAUCAUCCAGAUGUAAAUAAAAAUGCAAAUGCACAUUCUGAGUACACCAAAAUACUUGAGGCUUAUAAUGUAUUAGGUAAAACAGAAAGCCGAAGACUUUAUGAUCUUCAACUCAACCCUUCAGUAAGUGUUGGUGGUUAUAAUGUUCACUCAGACUUUGCAGACCAUAAUUUUACAAGAUAUAGACCAAGAAAGGACCCAAAUUUCUGGGAAAACAGAGACAGAACUCAAGACUCUUUUUUUAAAAACAAGCCUUAUUAUGGAAUAGAAGGGAUUCCUAAAGUUUCUAAUGGUAUUAUUGCAUGGGCUUGUAUUCUUAUUGCAGUACUUGGUGUUGGAUUUCAAGCAUAUCUUAUUAAGCAUGCAAUGACAUUAAGGAGAGACAAAUUAAUUCUGCAAAGUGCCACAAAUGAGCUAUUAUUAACAAAUUUAAGAAAUCAAGCAGAACAGAAUGGAAAUAAGAAACAAAUUGAACUGUUAACAGAAAAGUUUAAGGAAAAUGAGUGGACUUAUAAUGACGAAUUUCUUGAUGUUGGUGACUCAAAAGCCUCUUAAAAAGUAUAAUACAAAUGUAUAAUAUUUCUAUCUAUUAAAUAAAUUGUAGCAAAUGUAUAUAAACAAUAAAUU